AGUGGCAGCAAAACAAGCGGCAAACGCAUCGAUCGGUCGAAGCGCACCUUCCAGGGGGUUUUUCCGAAAACAAAACUUCGGUACCCCACCCGCCAUGGGGUUUUCGUCCGCACUGCAGGGUCGGGCGGCGCACGAUGCGCUGCUCAACCGGCAGGAGGCCGAACUGAAGCUGCUCGAAACGAUGAAGCGCUGCCUGAUGCAGAAGGCCAAAUGCGAUCGCGAGUAUGCCGCGUCGCUGGCAACGGUCACCCAGCAAGGCCUCAAAAUCGAUCGUACGGAUGAUCUGCAAGGAAGUCACAUAAUGCGAGCGUGGCGAAGCUUCAUGGAAGAAUUGGAACAUACGGCCAAACAAAUUCGCACCAACGCGGAACAGCUGGAAACGGUCUAUCACGAGAAGCUAGCCAGCUUGUACCAGGAAAAGCGACGCGUCAGAAAACAGUACCAGGAGGAACACACCAAAAUAGCCACCCAGUUCAGCCAUCUCACAGAAGACGUCGCGCGAAAGAAAAGCGAGUACCAGAAGCAUUUAGACUACUACAAACUGCUGCGAGGUCGGUUCGAGGAACACAUCAAAUCCGGUCGGUCCGGACGGAAGCUGGACGAUGUCAUCGACAAGUACCAGAAGGCCUGCCGGAAGCUGCACCAAGCGCAUAACGAGUACGUCCUGCUCAUCACCGAGGCGGUCGAGGUGGAAAAGGACUUUCGGACGAUACUGCUACCCGGGCUGCUCGAGCACCAGCAAUCCCUUCAGGAAGGUUUCAUUCAGGCGUGGAGCAACCUGCUACAAGAGAUUGCAAAGCUGAGUGACAUGACGUCGGAAAAGUUCGUCGAUAUACAGCAGCGCAUUGAGUCGAGCAUAGCGGGAAUCAACUCCACCGAGGAGUAUCGUGAAUUUACGGAGAAGCACAAAACCUCACCGACCGCUCCGGUCAUUUUCCAGUUCGACGAAAGUCUCGUCGAGGAUAGCCUCGGUAAGCUGCAAGCGAACACGCUGACCGUAGACAACCUGACCGUGGAUUGGCUGCGGGGCCGGCAAACGGAGCUCGAGGGUACGAUCAAAGAUCUGCAGGAGCGGCAAAACAAGCUGUGCGGUGAUACGAACGGUACGAAUGGUGCUGCCGGCAGCAGUCCAGUUAGCACGCCCGGUACGAAACCCUCCACACCCAUACUGAACGGCUCCAAUAGCAACGGUGCGCUCGGCAAAGAUCACGCCGUUAACAAAUCGUCCAAGGAGCUGAACACACUACGCUGCCAAGAACGAUCAACGCUCAAGCUGGUUGACAUGAUCCGUUCGGCGCUGAAUGAAGUUGGCUGUGAGGAGCUGCCAUCCGGUUGUGAUGACCUGUCCGUGGAGCAUCUGAUCGAGAACAAAAAGUCUGUCAGCCAGGAUCUUUCGGUGGACAGCUCACUACAGCAUACCUCCACCGCGUUGGGUCUCUUCUCCUUGCGCACUGGUGGUGGCGGCGGCGGCAGCAGUGGUGGUGGUGUGAUGUCGAUGCUAAUGGAACAACUCAGGCGCAAAUCUGGGCCGCCAACCAUUUCAGGAUCAAGCACCGCCGGUAAGACACCACGGUCCGGACCAACACCGGUGCAGACCCCUAAACCGGGCCAUCGAGGAACAACGGUAACUAGCGCUGACAGUGAUCCUUUGUGUGCGACCGUUGCGUGUCGUGUUCGUGUUGCUUCGGGGGGUGAUCUUUCACGGCCCGCCUCUAACCCUGCCCGGUCGGAUGGGACCGAGGCGGACACGUACGCGGAACUCCUUCCCGACGGAAACGAUUCCGACCAUCGACUGUCGAACGUUUACGUCGACAUGGAGGCGUGUCUGUUGCAAGCGCUCGAUGUGGAACGAUCGUUUGAGUAUACUAACAUUAGUAGCUGCAGCCGCAAGCAACCGCUGCUCGCAUCCGCGGCGCAGGAUAGCUUUGGCGAAUCCGAACUGCCUAACCCAACUAACACGGACCAUCGCCAUGUGCCGCAGUAUAGACGUUUACGCACGCAAGCUAGCAGUGAGGAUAGUGAAAUGCAUUUGCUUAACCACCGGUACCACGGUCGGGCAGCGGAUGAGCACGACGACGACGAUGAAGGUGGCAGUGGCACCACAGCGGAUGACUUGAACGAUUCCAAAAACAAUCUGCUUCGGGACGAAAGUUUCGACGACAGCCAACGGCAGGAAGCGUCACCGUUUCAUGGCAUUGCCGAUUGUUCGUGGGCGCAGGGUUCCGCAGAAGAGCUGGAAGGUGACGCUAACAAGUAUCUCACGAUGAGGAAGGAGGGAUCUGUGACCACCGUUGAAACGAGUCCGUCGAAGACGCUUGAAGAUCAGUGGAAAUCGUCGAUUGAGCGACAUCUGGACAAUAUCGAUGCGCUCAACCAGAAGCUAGACGAACACCAACGUUUGGCAGCUCGGCUGUCCGAGGAAUAUGAGUACAUUCGCGUUCAAACGCUACGACCCGGUGCUUCGAUACAGCAACCACCGAGUCAUUCCAACCCAUCCAAACCACCGGUGACGUUCGAGAAGAUGCAUAGCUUCCGGGAGAAGAUAAAGCGUCGAAUCAAAGGAUCGAAGGCGGACGGUGAUAAGGCGGAUCGUUCCGUAUCUCCCGAUACGCCUGAUCAAGGGGAAAGCUUUUCGGGUCGACUGAGAAACCGCAUCACAGCCCACCACACUCAGCGACAGUUUCGCCUCAUGAAGGACACGGACUCGGCAAGCCCAUCGACCGAUCGGUCGCUAGCGGAACGUGUCCCGAACGGUGCGUCCGCUAACGGUCGCAAAAAGAAGAAACGUAAAGCAUCGAAAGCGAAUCGAACCGCACAGCAAAGGCAGCAGAACCGUCUUCUUGGUGGAGGUGAUGCACAGCAACGUCAGCAACCGUGCCAUCCCCAGCAAUCCGAAGACGAGCUUUUGGCCGAAGAAAAUCUUGGACUUUCGCCCGAGCACAGUGGUCCAAAGGCUGGUGGUACAUCCUUCUCUCAAACUGUCCGCGCUACCUGGCGAGAACUUAUGCACUCCACCAACAAGGUGAAGGAUUCUUCCCUAAAUCUUACCCUCCGAUCGGAUAGGCCGGAGGAAAAGCUCGACCUGAUAGCGGAUCAGGAUCGGCAAGGGUUGCUCUCGAUCCGGUUCACAUUUUCCGACGGUGAACGAAAGCAAGAGACAGUGGAAGGAGCGUCCGAUUUGAACGCCACCGGAGACUACUGCGUCCCGUUGCUUGUAUCCCGAACCGAAGACAAUAAGUUGCAAGACGUUGCUCCGGAGCCAUCCCAACCGGAGGCAACACAACGGGGAAAUAAAGCGGGACCUAAUAGUCUGAAGAGCAAUCUCCGAGACAAACUGACAAAGCUGGUGCACAAAAAAACCUCCUCCAGCAAUUCCUCCUUGUCGGCCAGCCGAUGGACCACCUCGCCGCAAGUUUGUCGUACGUGUUCCAAAAGGAUUGUGCCUCGUUCAGGUGAUGGUGUCGGUAUACAUCCAAGUCGUACGGUGUUGGAUUUUAGGAAAGAAUUCCCCGAUAUUGACAUCUGCGAAGGGGACCACGGUAGUUGUGCAGGGGAUGGUGUUCAGGUUGAUGCCCAACAGUGGCCACUUUCGGAGAUGAUCAAUCUCGAGUACGAAGAUAUCGAUGUGCUAACGAUCAAGCCCCAUAAAUUAAUCGAUCCCUCCGAGGGUGGCGUCGGUGUGAGUAUGACUUUAUCGACAAACCGUCCGCUGCAUGAGGAAGAAUGGUUCCACGGUGUUCUGCCCCGUGAGGAAGUUGUACGAUUGCUGCGCAACGAGGGCGACUUCCUGGUGCGCGAAACGACCCGCAACGACGAAAGUCAAACCGUACUAAGUGUCUGCUGGAACGGACACAAGCAUUUCAUCGUGCAAACAACCGCCGAGGGUCAUUAUCGGUUCGAAGGGCCUGCCUUCCCGAGCAUACAGGAGCUGAUCGUGCAUCAGUAUCAGUCCGAGCUGCCAGUCACGGGACGUUCCGGGGCGGUUCUACGCAAACCCGUGCUGCGCGAACGCUGGGAACUCAGUAACGACGAUGUGAUUCUGCUGGACAAGAUUGGCCGUGGCAAUUUCGGCGAUGUGUACAAAGCGAAGCUGAAAUCGUCCAAAAACACACUCGUAGCCGUUAAGACCUGCAGGAUGACGCUGCCCGAGGAGCAAAAGCGCAAGUUUCUCCAGGAAGGCCGCAUUCUGAAGCAGUACGAUCAUCCGAACAUUGUCAAGCUGAUCGGUAUCUGUGUGCAGAAGCAACCGAUCAUGAUCGUGAUGGAGCUGGUGGCCGGCGGUUCGUUGCUAAUGUUUCUGCGCAAAAACGCUUCCACGCUGGGCCAGCGGCAGAUGAUGGGCAUGUGUCGGGAUGCGGCGGCCGGUAUGCGCUACCUGGAAUCGAAGAACUGCAUCCAUCGGGAUCUUGCGGCCCGCAACUGUUUGAUCGGGAAUGAAAACAUUGUAAAAAUCUCCGACUUUGGCAUGUCCCGCGAGGAGGAAGAAUAUAUAGUGUCUGGUGGCAUGAAACAGAUCCCAAUCAAAUGGACCGCACCGGAAGCGUUGAACUUUGGCAAAUACACAUCACUUUGUGACGUCUGGUCGUACGGUAUAUUGGUGUGGGAAAUUUUCAGCAGAGGCGAUACACCGUACUCGGGCAUGAGCAAUUCGAUGGCACGCGAACGAAUAGACGAAGGCUAUCGCAUGCCGACACCGGAGGGUGCCCCACCCGAGAUGUACCGACUUAUGCUCAAGUGUUGGUCGUACGAACCGGAAAGCCGACCACACUUUGAUGAGAUUUACAGUGUCGUUGACGCACUGUUGCUCUGCACCAAGGACUGACGGCUGGCGGACACCGGGAUGAGCAUAUCGAAAGCGAAGGAUGUCAUCGCUGGAUGGCCAGCUGCCCGUGGGCUGUGGAAUGAAGGGUUGACAAUGUUGCAGCGAUUGAUUAAUGCUUCAAAUGGGGUUUAGCAUGGGGGGAGCAUUACUCCAUCGGGAAAGGAUGUAUCGGCAUGUCGCCAGUCUAUCGAACAUUUUCCCCAUAACACUCCAGCUGAUGCUUACAGCUUUUGUUCAGCUUUACAUUACUCUACAUGGCGACGAGGGCGUAGCACUGGAUGGCGAGAAUUUCGUUUGCAAACAUUUAACUUCUAAGAACAAGGUGCUUUCUGUAGGGAAACGGAAUUAGAGCGGAUGCAGCAAGCAGAAAAUGAAAUGAAAUGGUAAGUGAAAAUUCAUGGUGAGAGCAUAACAACAAAAUGACAGACAACAAAAUAAGUGGAAACUGGAGACGAUUACUAGGUUUAGUUCGCUGGCCGCAACUUUUCUCUGUACAGGCUCUAUGAAAGGUGGCAAAGGUUGGGCUAAUCGUUAGGUAGAUGGUACGGUAGGUUGAGUUGGGUUUAUCAAAGGAACGAUAACAACGAAACACGACGCAACACAAAUAGGGUAAGGUCUUUAGAAAAAGUGUAGGCAAACAGGUGUGUUUGUGGGCAAAGUGGCAGAAGAAUGUGGGAUUCGUAUUUUAAUCGAAUGUAUAUUGUAGAAGUAUGCAACUGUGGUCAAAAUUUAGGCAAAGGUAAGUAUUUGUAUGAGGACGCGGAAAUGCGUGCGGUUUGAGGUGUGAAUGAUCGAGUGAAUGAUCAAGGGAAAGACUUCGCCGGGUACACAAAAUGGUAUGGAAUGCGAGAAAUGUGAGCAACGCUUGCAACGAUGUGUGAUAGUUGUUUAGAGAUGGAGCGAGAUGAUUUAUAGAGCUAAAAGGGAAGCAAAUCGGGGGGGAAGCUUUAGAGCAACAAAAUGGGUUAAUUGAAGAGUGUAAACAGAAGAAAAAAACAUCUUUGGCCUGAAAAGCUGGGAGUGAGUGUGUUCCAAAAGUGCUUGUAUUUAUUACUCAGUACUCAUUGCAACCGUUUCAUAGCAAUAGCGUAUACCACAACACCGCACAAAACAUAUUAGCUUGAGCAUGAUAAGCGCAGGAUAUACAAAUAACUGAGAUUAAACUUCUCGCAGGAGAUGAAUGUUCAAUGGAUGUCCAUGAAA